AUGCCUUACUGCGAGGUGGGCAGGUACGCGGACGGCGACAAGUGGGAGGGCGUCCGCCUCUUCUACCGCCGCUACGGCCGCGGCGCCACCAAGGUGCUCCUCAUCAUCGGAUUGGCGGGGACGCACGACUCGUGGGGCCCGCAGAUAAAGGGGCUGACCGGGUCGCUGGAGCCCGCCGACGACGAGGCUGUGCGGCCGGACGAGGAGGCCGGCGUCUGCGCCGCCGGCGCGGCGGAGGCCGCGCCCGCGGAAGCGGACGAGGCCGGCGGCGGCGGCGAUGGCAUCGAGGUCUGCUGCUUCGACAACCGCGGCGUCGGCCGCAGCUCCGUGCUCCCCAACAAAUCCUUCUACUCGACGGCAAUCAUGGCGAUGGAUGCCUUGGCCUUGAUGGAUCAUUUGGGGUGGAAGAAAGCUCACGUCUUUGGCCACUCCAUGGGUGCCAUGAUUGCUUGCAAGCUAGCGGCGAUGGCGCCUCACAGGCUAUGUUCGCUGGCAUUGCUUAAUGUCACUGGAGGUGGCUUUCAGUGUUUCCCAAAGGUAGAUGGGCAGAUGCUAUCUCUUGCAUUCCGUUUCUUAAGGGCAAAAACUCCAGAGGAAAGAGCUCUUGUGGACUUGGAAACACAUUAUACUAAGGAAUAUCUUGAGGAGACUGUUGGGUCGUGUACCAGAAGAAUGGUCCUCUAUCAAGAAUAUGUGAAGGGCAUAUCGUCAACAGGGAUGCAAUCUAAUUGUGGUUUUGAAGGGCAAGUUAAUGCAUGCUGGAUUCACAAAAUGACUACUAAGGAACUAGAUACAAUACGAUCUGCCGGUUUUCUAGUUUCAGUUAUUCAUGGAAGGUAUGAUAUCAUUGCUCAAUUGUGCCAUGCAAAACGUCUAGCAGAAAGGCUUCUUCCUGUUGCAAGAAUGGUAGAACUUCAUGGUGCACAUCUAGUGAGCCAUGAAAGACCAGACGAGGUGAACAAUGCACUUAUGGAUUUGAUAAAGGCCACCAAAUCUGCGAUGAAACCUGAAGAGUGGUCAGCCCAGCCUGAGAACACAUCAGAAACCGGGGCACUCAUUUCUGCGAGACCCAUUACCGUCACGAUGCGAACAGAUGAAGGUGCAAAUGCCGCCGUAGCAGUCUAUAACUUGCUUGGCAAGCUGCAACUAAGCUUUCUUUAUCUCAUAGGAGUGAUAGUCAUGGGGUUUGAGCACAUGAGGAACAUUGUAAGGGUAAUGAAGCCAGUAAGGGUUGCAGCAAUUGAGUCAUCAUAA